CGAGGGUCCACAUUAGGAAUCUUUCUCGCCGCCUUCAGAUCGCCAUGUCGCAUUAACAUAUCUCAUUUUCCAACCUUGAGGGAGCUUCUGAUCAAAAAGCUUGACCCAUUAGUAUGUCUUUCAUCAAGGGAGCUAUUCGCCCGCGAGGUGCGGGCAAAGAGAUACUGCUCGUCUGGCGCAGUCGACAGCUGCGAUGCUCUCAGCACCAACGGCGUCAUCUAUCUCGAUCGGCAACUGCUGCUCCAACUACAGGAGCUGCGGAAGCAGAGGUGAAGUCGGCGGAACAGUACUGUCGAAAUCUUGUUGAAAAAUACGACCGUCCCUCCUACACGCUCGGAACAUUCAUCCCCCGCCAGACACAACCCUUCUAUAUUGCCUUGCGCGCUCUUAAUAUCUCCCUAUCCAUGGUACCUGACACAACUUCGUCAUAUACAAUCGGCCUGAUGCGUCUGCAAUUCUGGCGUGACACAAUUACCCGCACUCUUUCUGGCAGCCCACCCAAGGAACCCGUCGCGAUCCUGCUCGCGGCUGCCAUAUCAGAUCUGGAUGCACGAACUGGUGGCCGCGCUCGGCUUAGUAAAGGCUGGUUCAUGCGCAUGAUCAAUGCGCGCGAACAAUCUCUCGCCAAUACGCCCUAUCCAGACCUGGCCGCCCUCGAGUCCUACGCCGAAAACACCUACUCUACACUCCUCUACCUCACGCUCUCCGCUCUGCCCUUAACCUCCGUAACAGCAGACCACCUCGCCUCUCACAUCGGCAAAGCUGCUGGAAUCAGCGCUGUUUUGCGCGGAUUACCUCUCGUGGCCUUCCCCUCUGCUCCGGGCCAUCACUCCAACCAGCCCGGCGGCGGCGUCAAGCAAGGCGCCAUCACCCUCCCGUUAAACAUCAUGGCCCAAGCAGGCGUUAGGGAAGAAGACGUCUUUCGACAAGGCGCCGACGCUCCCGGUCUACGAGACGCCGUCUUCACCGUCGCGACCCGAGCUAGCGACCAUCUAAUCACAGCACAGCAGAUGCUGCACAAUCUACAACGAGGCCAAGAUGUAGGCCACGCCUUCGAACACGAGGGCGAGGAAGGACACGAGUACGGAGAUAUCACCAGCGGGGCAGACACGCCAUUAGAUGAGGUCAAUCGCGCCUUUGGCGUGUACAUGCCCGCUGUGGCGACCCGAUUAUGGCUGGACCGAUUGGAAAAGGUUGAUUUUGAUAUCUUCAAGCCGGAACUUCUGACUUCCGACUGGAAAUUACCAUGGAAGGCAUAUUUCGCUUUUAAGCGGAAGACUUUGUGAUGGUGAAAGGAAAAAGCCAAGGGAAAGGAAAGCACUUUACGAACGAUGUAUCAUAUUACAUACGAUUCUCAUUAUUCUAUAUAAUAUUACAUCUCCCAUGGUUUAGAGAGCCGCUAUGAUGAGAUGAAAUGCGACGGUUCCACUCUUUCUCUUGUAUAUCGGAAUAACGUAUAUAUAUACAGAUGUGAUCAUUAUACAAAAACAUACUAUCGUGACUACAAGAAGACAACCCGCAUAAACGGUAACUACAGCAAGAUGCUUAUUAAUUUCGCUUCGCUCGUCUCCGUUUCCUUUGCUUCCGCGAGCUGACGA